AUGGAUUACGUCAAAACACGUAAUAUCCAAGAUUUCUUAGACGGAGCGGAUCAUGGCGUCGUCUACUGCAGCCUUGGUUCCAACGUCAGAACCAUAGACCUCCCACUGGAGAAGAUUGAGGCCCUCGUGGAGGCGUUCAGAGAGCUGCCGCAGCGCCUCGUCUGGAAGUGGGAGAACGACUCUCUGCCUUCACAGCCAGACAACGUCAUGGUCGGCAAGUGGCUGCCGCAACAGUCCAUAAUGGAUCACCCGGAAGUUCGCCUCUUCAUAUCGCAGGGAGGUCUUCAUAGUUUGACUGAAGCGACGUACCAUGCUGUUCCGCUGCUGAUCAUUCCGUUCUUUGGCGACCAGCCGCACACCGCGGCCGAGGUUCAGCAAGCGGAGAUCGGCGUGAGGCCGCUGUUCAAGGACCUCUCCAAGGACUCACCGCUUAACUCCAUACGGACCGUAUUGGGGGACACAAAAUACGCAGACAGCAUGAAGAGACUGUCGGCCGUGUUCCGAGAGCACAGGGCGGACUUUCUGGAGCGUGCCGUGUGGUGGGUCGAGUACGUGAUCCGCCACAGGGGGGCCCCACACCUGCGCAGCGCCGCCCUCCACCUGCACUGGUGGCAGCUGCUGCUGCUCGACGUCGUCGCCUUCCUGCUGGUGGGCGUUGCCCUCACACUCUGCCUCGUCUACUUCGUCACGCGGCGGGUAGUCUCCUUCUUCAGAGGCAGCAAACGCGAGCAGAAGCAGAAGAUACAGUGA